AAAGGUCAUGCCCAUCCAUCAAGUUUAACUUUCCAAAAUUACUUAGAUCCAAAGAAAGCUAGUUCAUCCACCCAUGGAGCAGUUGUUCAAGACCCCGAAAAUAUUCAAGAAAGUUUAAAUGAAGAGUAUGACGGUGAUGAUGAGUAUGAUUAGAGCCUGGACGUUACAAUAUUACCGACGAUAUUUUUCGGUAAUUAAACGGUACGGUACAAAAUUUUCAACCUCGGGUAAAGAAAAAUUUUACUAUGAAAAAUUCUCUUUUUUGAGCUUUUUUAAAACAUCCUUUUGUCGUUAAACUAGUGUUGUCGGUUUUGGUUAACCUAAACUGAACCGACAACCCCCCGUUGUCGACAAAAAAUUUUCAAAAAAUUGUCUGAAAUUUUUUUUGUUUUUUAAAUUUUCACCCUUCUUUAUUUUGGUUAUUUUAUUAAAGUAAUCUUC